AUGUCGGUUAAAAAUGAUUCUAAGAAAAUUAUUACUGAGUUUGUUUUUUCUGGAUUUGACAAUGUAGAAAGCCCACUGGCUGUUGGUGUGGUCAUUCUGAUAUUGUACAUACUUACUAUGACUGCUAAUACUGCAAACAUAGGCAUUAUUUUAAAGCAUAAAUGUCUGCACCAGCCAAUGUAUCUUUUUAUAUGCAAUUUAGCAAUAAUAGACAUUGUCUACUGUACAAGUUCGUGUCCAACUAUGAUAGGCAUUCUUCUUGUUGGCUAUAAAACUAUAUCCUACACACCAUGCAUUGUUCAGAUGUAUGUCUUUCACUUGAGUGUUUCAAUGGAGAUGUUUGCUAUUGGUGUAAUGGCAUUUGACCGUUUUAUUGCUAUAAGCAUGCCGUUACGCUACAGUUCUCUAAUGACAAAUUUCACAUGUGUUUUAAUUAAUAUUUCUGUCUGGAUGGUUGGGGCUUCCAUUUUAUCCAUGUUACCUGGUUCUGUUGCACCUCUACCUGUUUGUUUCUCUACUGUAAAGUACAUGUUUUGUGACUAUGCUUCUGUUACAAGGGCAACUUGUGCAGACCCAGAGACAUAUUUUAAUGAUGCAUCUAUUUUAACAAGUUCUCUAAUUUUUGUAACAUUCAGUUUCAUCUGCUUAUCUUAUAUCAAUAUUUUUAUUGUUGUUUCAAGAAUGUCCUCAAACAGUGACAAGAAAAAAGCCAUACAUACUUGUUUAAGUCAUAUUAUAGUCAUAGUCUGCUACUACGUACCAACUUUCACACGAAUAGUCCUCACUAGGGUUGGUGUAGUUUUAACACUGGAGUUACGAAAUGGGUUGAUGGUGGGGUCAAUUAUUGUCCCAUCUUUAGUUAAUCCUUUCAUAUACUGCUUUAGAACCAAGGAGAUCAAAAAUAAAUUUUUAAAAAUAUUUUUAAAAAGUUGA